AUGUCUUCUGAAUCCACGUUAGCCGAAGUAGUUGAGAAGCAGGGUAAGAAGAUACUAGAGCAGGGUAAAGAGAUACUAGAAUUGAAAGAGCAGUUGGUGGCACUGCAGGAACUUCAGGAAUCGGUUUAUGGAAGAAUCAACUAUUUGCAAAAGGCCUUCAAGCUUGGGCUUAUUAAGGAAGGAACUACAGUGAAAUAUAAUACAGUGGUCGUUAAAGUGACCGUAAAAGGAGAACGUGCGUUCCUGUACUACAACAAUAAAUUUUUUGAUUCCUUUUAUAAGUUCCUUUCUUCUGUUCAUGGGCCUGGACAGUACAAGAAGCUUAUCAUUGACGGAGUUUCAUACAAGACUUUCCUCGAAUGUCUGAAAGCCAGUAAUGAUAAAGAAUCAAACAUGUCAUUGGAAACCUCAUCACCUGAUAACUCAACGGGUAACGUCAUUGACCCUCUUCUUACUGAGAUCACCACCUACUUUGUUGAACGUGGCUUCCAAUCAAGUCUCGUUAGCUCCUUUCUGAAGAGGAGGUCUCGUCUUGAAUUCAUGACCAACGAGGAAAUUAUGUUUGACUUUCUUGAAGAACGUGAGCAAAUGGAUCCGAUAAUUUUUAUUGGCAUUGAAGGAAGUGAGGGUGUGGAGUCAGGUAAAGAUAAGGAAUUGCUUGUGAAGUGGGGUCUUACGGAGGAAUCCGCAAGAAAUCUCCGUCAUAUUGUGCGCAAUGAUACCAUUUGGUCUCAACAAGUUUUAAAACAUUGGUUACUCAAAUGGAUUCAUAACUUAUGGAAUUCUUUGAGUUUUGACAAUAUUUUCAACAAUGAAGAAAAAUUUCCACGCAACCAGUGGAACAGUUAUGAAAGAAAAGGUGGCCCACAAAUGUUUGCCUCGUCCUAUGAAUAUAUCAUCAAUAUCGGAAAGGAUACCUUAUUGAUAAACAAUACAAAAGUUGCAAAUCAGGCGAACACUAACUAUCAGGCUUUUUUCCACGCAACGGACUACCAAAGCGCCCAAUCUAUCAGUAAGAACGGAAUCAAUCCCUACCUAGGCAGACCUUGCCUCGACUUUGGGCGAUCUCCAAGCUUUUACCUGAACCCAUCGCUUGAAAACGCAAUUGAUUUCAUUAGGAAUCGUGUGGGAUUUUAUGCAAUUAUUAUAUAUUGGGUCGAUACAGAAAGAGUAAAAAGCAUGGCGUAUCGAGAUUUAGUUCCAAACGAAGAAUUGUGGAAGGAGGUGGUGGUCGCAUCGAGGUGUAGGCAGCGUUCGGUCAUAGAAAGUGACAAAUUUGUUUAUGGAUAUCAGAUGUCAAACCCAAGGCAAAUUCUCCUUGCCUGGCAGGCAUAUGGUGGAGAGGAUGUUGAGAAUUCAUGGCGAAAUCACAUUCAAGAGGCCAGAUGGUUUAAUCCAGUUCGCCAUCUUCAACUUGCCGUUAAGACUGAAGAUGCGGCGGAACUUAUAAACAGCUAUCGUGUUGGGAUCAUUUAUUUCCAUACAAAAGAUGAAUAA